AUGGAUGCAGAUUGGGACGAGGUCGCCCGUAUCCAGUUCCCGCCCCCGGGCGUCCACGCUCUGCCAAGCCCCGUCACGACGAUGACGUUCGAUACGUCGCAGGAACUGCUGUGGACUGGAAAUGAUUAUGCGCACCUGUCCUCAGAAGGACCCGUCCGACAGAUUUUGGUCAACGAUAAAGGCGUGAUCGCUCUCGGAUCCAGCGAUGUCCACAUGUCUAUGAGAAGGGGCGCGACAAUAUGGCAUAUCAAACAUGAGGCGAUGCGAGACCUGCGGUGUAUGAGCUUUACUUCCAAAGGGACCGCCGAGAUAAUCGUAGCCGGGAUGCAGGACACAAUGCUUGUUAUCGACCUCAAUAAGGGUGAAGUCGUCAAGCAGGUCCCGACCGAGUACCAAUAUAGCAUGAUGAAACGAGGUCGUUAUAUUUGCGCCGCAACGCAGACUGGUCUUUGCAACUUGCUUGACCCAGUCACCUUUACCGUCAUCAAAUCCUGGAACGCUCAUUCGGCGCUGAUCAGCGACAUGGAUGCCCAGCACGAUUUCAUCGUCACGUGCGGAUAUUCACUACGACAGGGACAGAACUAUAUGCUUGAUCCGUUCCUCAACGUCUUUGACAUCAAGAAUAUGUCCUCCAUGCCACCAAUCCCAUUCCCAGCCGGAGCUGCAUAUGUUCGCAUGCACCCAAGAAUGCUCACCACGAGCAUCGUCGUGUCUCAAAGUGGCCAGAUGCAUGUUGUUGAUCUUAUGAACCCUAACACAAGCAACGUCAGACAAGCAAACGUCAUGACUUAUCUCAACAUGUUUGAGAUUGCACCCUCUGGAGAGGGAAUGGUAUUGACCGAUGCCGAAUGUCUUAUUCACUUAUGGGGGUCACGUACAAAACUCCAUUUUGUCGAUCUUGCCACACCAAUCGAGUUUGCCGCCACGGAAGAACGAUUAGCCCCUAUAGACUGGUCUCCAGAAGUACCACUGAAUACCGUCGGACUUCCAUACUACCGCGAUGUUCUAGCUUCUGCAUGGCCAGAUCUAGUGUGUGACGUGGGAGCACCGCCACCGAAAGUUGAUCCGCAGGCCUUUUCUACGCUCAAAGCUACUACCUUUGCGUUGUAUGGGCGAAACACGCGAGGUCUAAGGCGAAACCAAUUUGAAGACACUCGGAACUUGACAAAGUCGGUCAAUGCCGGGCUUCGGACACCAAAAUUUCUGAGUGAAAAAGCGCGAGAGUCGGCCAAGUCUGACAGCGUCGGCGAUGACCGGGCUGAUGAGCUCAACAACCCACUGGCAGAGGCUGAAAUCGAGAGCAAGAAAUCCGAGGUGCCUGCCAUGUAUGGAAACGUGGAGAUCAAAUACAGCAAGUUUGGUGUUGAUGACUUCGAUUUUGGAUUCUACAAUAAGACAAAGUAUUCAGGACUCGAGAUCCACAUAUCAAACUCAUACGCCAACUCUCUUUUGCAGAUGAUGCAUUUCAUUCCCGUCAUCAGAAAUCUUGCCCUUCGCCACGCUGCUACGUCUUGUCUGAGCGAGAUUUGCAUAUUAUGCGAGCUUGGUUACUUAUUUGAUAUGCUGCAAAAGGCUGAAGGAUCCAUUUGCCAGGCGACGAAUCUGCUGAAGACGCUUAGCAAUCAACCUCAGGCCGGCGCACUGGGCCUUCUAGAGGAAGACCCGCGCGGUUCCUCGCUCAACAUGAUGCUGCAAGGCUUGACCCGCUUUCUACUCGACAAGAUUGUACAAGACUACCGAUUAAUCGAGGGUACGUCCGCGCCGAUGGAACAGGUUCUAUCAACUUCUGCAACCAGCUCCAUCAACUGCAUAUCUUGUCGCAGCGAAUAUACACGGCCAGGGUCAACCUUGGUGAACGACCUGCUGUACCCCGCACCAAAGACACAAACAAACGUCUCAAAGAUGCCAAAAGUCACCUUCUCACAAGUUCUUAAGAACAGCGUGGAGAGAGAGACAACAUCAAAGGGAUGGUGCGGAAAAUGCAGCAAGUAUAAGAAUAUUGCGACAAAGAAAACUAUCCACAGCGUCCCAGCUGUUCUCAUUUUAAAUACAGCGAUUAACAGCCCUGAACAUCGCAUGCUUUGGUCUACGCCAGGUUGGCUUCCAGAAGAAAUCGGCAUCAUAGUGGACCAAGGCCAAUUCUUCUGCUACGAAGGUGAGGAUUUGAAGCUACACCUUCAGCGCGGCAUGCACAAUAUUACCGUAUACUCGUUGAUUGGCAUGGCAAUCAAUAUUGAAAACGGGCAAACACAGAAGCCGCAUCUGGUAUCAAUGAUCAAUGUCGCACACGCCGAAGCAGAAGCGCCGGGUAAGAGCCAGUGGCAUUUGUUCAACGACUUUUUGGUGCGGUCAGUCAGCACCGAGGAAGCGCUUACCUUCAACCCUUCAUGGAAAGUACCAUCAGUCAUUGCGUUUCAGGUCAAGGACGCCAAUAACAAGCUGGAUUCGACAUGGAGGGAUCAACUUGAUACCUCAGUUCUAUACCAGGACGUUAACCCACACCCUCCUGAGAGCAAAACCUACAAAGUACUCAAACAUCCCGAAGAUCAUCCAGGUCCCGAUACCAUCAUUGCCCUGGAUACUGAGUUUGUGGCUGUUCGGCAACCAGAAAUUGAGAUGAAUUCCGAUGGCGAGCGAGAGACAAUUCGACCCAUUGUAUACGCCUUGGCAAGAGCUUCAGUUGUUAGGGGUCAGGGCGAAGACGAAGGACUGCCCUUUAUCGACGACUACAUUACUAUCAAGGAGCCAAUUGUCGACUAUCUCACAUCCUAUUCCGGCAUUACUCAAUCAGAUCUCGACCCUCGGAUCUCCCAGCAUAGCUUACUGCCCCUCAAAAUGGUUUACAAAAAGCUCUGGGUUUUGCUCAACCUGGGCUGCAAAUUUCUGGGCCACGGCCUCAAACAGGAUUUCCGCGUCAUCAACAUCCACGUGCCCAAGUCGCAGAUUAUCGACACGAUUGAUCUUUUCUAUCUAAAGACUAGACUGCGGAAAUUAUCGCUUGCUUUUUUGGCAUGGUAUCUGCUUAAAGAAGACAUUCAAAUGGAAACACACGACUCGAUUGAAGACUCACGCACCGCGCUCAAGCUAUAUAGAAAAUACCUCGAAUUCGAAGAUGCCGGGAUUCUGGAGCCGAUGCUGCAAGACAUUUAUCGCGCUGGGCGAGAUGUCAACUUUAAGCCGCCGCGCAAGGACGGACAAGACGUGCAGCGUAUAGAUACACCACCUCUGCCAGUUGACGGAAACGGGGGCCCGUCCACGCCGGUGACAAAGGCGGCGACGCUGGCAACGCCUGGGUUUGGAGGCGCCGGCGCAAGCUGGACCCCUGGCAAGGGCUCACCGCUGAGAUAG